CACAUCCAGCUAAAACCGAACCAUCCCUCCCCCUCCCCUUCUACACCUUCCCUCACCCCUGCAGCUCCCUCCCUCCUUCCCACAUGAGGACAAGAAGAUGACUAUCACCAGCCGGCAGUCCUUUAAUGUCCUGACGGUCAUCUUUCUCCUGCUGUCCACUGCAGCCCUCUCCGCUCAUUACCGAGUGUGUGAACCGUACACUGACCACAAAGGCCGAUACCACUUUGGAUUUCACUGCCCGCGUCUCUCUGACAAUAAGACCUACAUGUUCUGCUGUCACCACAACAACACGUACUUCAAGUACUGCUGCAACGACACAGAGUUCCAGACCAUCAUGCAAGUCAAUCUCACCACCACCCCGGAUGGUUAUGCUCACAAUAAUUACACAGCUCUCGUUGGCGUGUGGAUCUACGGUCUCUUCGUCAUGGUGCUGCUGGCGCUGGACUUCCUUUACUACUCAGCCAUAAAUUAUGAGCUGUGUCGAAUUUACCUAGAGAAGUGGGGUCUGGGUGGCCGCUGGCUAAAGAAGGCUCGGAGUCAGUGGCACAGAUCUAUGCCCGACGAGAGCGAGGUGCCGGCCCAGGCCCAGCCCAAGGUCCCCAGCCACUACCAGCCAAGACACAGCCUCCGAGGGGAGAGCCACAGCCCCACGCUCCUGCCCUACAACACAUCCACCGCAUGAGUGAUGCUGCGUGUGAACAAACAGAAGAGUAGCACCACCUGGUUUCCUUACAUGCUUCAGAGGAGCUGUCCCACAGUCACCUCGUUGGGGACUGCAGAGACAUCACCAACGCUGGCCUGGACUUAUAGAGUUGUAGUGACUACUGUCCCUUUUCUGAUGAGCACAAAAACACCGACGACUGACAAAAGUGGAUAUUUAGAUGCAGCUGAUCAGAAAGUACUUUUCUACAGAGAGGAGAAAUCGAU